AUGUGGGACCCAACUCAUGGUUUAUUCCGUAUCCCGACGAAAGAGGAGCGUAUCCGCAUGCGCGGUGGGGCUCCUCUCAACCCUAUCAAGGUGAUAAUUAUGCUUAGUUGGAUGGAUUGGGUUCGCUUUUUCUGUGGCUUGUUUGCAUGGAUUAUGGAUUCGUAUGACUUUUUUGCUGUGUCUAUGAGUGUGGGAAGCCUUCAAAAGGCCUUCAGUCAUGAUGGAAAGUUUUAUUCUACCAAACAAAUCACGUAUGCUAUCAUGCUUACGCUGUUGCUUCGUUCUGCUGGUGCUUUGAUUUUCGGUAUACUGGCUGAUCGAUAUGGCCGUCGUUGGGUUCUCACCAUCAAUUUGGUUAUUGUCGCAGCUCUUUCUCUUUCGACCGCGUAUUGCACGGAGUUCAAAACGUUCCUUGGUGUCCGAUCUAUUUUCGGUAUUGCUAUGGGUGGUAUUUGGGGUAUGGCCAACGCGACGUGCCUGGAAGACAUGCCACCUGCUGCGCGUGGUCUCUUCUCUGGCUUUUUCCAAGAGGGAUACGCCAUUGGCUAUUUGAUUGCCGCUGCUGCUAACCUGAGUUGGGUCAACAAAACAGCUCACAGGUACCCUCUUCCUAAGUGGGAAUACCUUUUCUACCUUGGUGCUGGUCUUUCCCUCCUGGCUGCGAUCUUCCGUGCUCUGGUCCCUGAAGGUGCCAACUUUAAGGAGCAGCGCCGUCUUCGUAAGCUCAAGCCUUCGUCUCAUGGCUCUGUGAAGUCCUUCCUCAGCGAGGUGAAGCACACUCUUGCGAAAUACUGGCCUCAGUGUAUUUUUGGUGUUCUGUUGAUGAUUGGCUUCAACUUCUUUAGUCACUCUUCACAAGACCUUUACCCAUCGAUUGUCCAAAAUGUGAAGGGCAUGUCGGCUGACCAGUCCUCGGUCCUUACGAUUAUUGCCAAUUGCGGUGCUAUUGCAGGUGGUCUGAUUGCCGGUUACCUUUCUCAGUACGUUGGACGACGUAUUGCUAUGGUGAUGUUUAUCAUCUUGGCUGGUGCAAUGGUUCCAGCUUGGAUUCUUCCGAACACUUUCAGUGGUCUUGCUGCGGGUGCUUUCUUUGUGCAGGUUGGUGUGCAGGGUGCUUGGGGUGUUGUGCCUGUGUUCCUUUCGGAAUUGUCGCCGCCCAAUUUCCGGGCUACGUUCCCCGGUCUGGCCUACCAGCUUGGUAACAUGGCUAGCUCUGCGUCGGCUACUAUUGAAGAGACAGGUGCUCAGAACAUCCGUGUGCAGGACCCGCAAAACCCUAACAAGACUGUUGGUGACUCUGCGACGGUCAGUGCGAUUCUGCUGGGCUGUGUCGCCUUCUACUUGUUGGUGCUUAUUGUCUUUGGCUUGAAUCCAGAGCAAGGCCAAGAAUUCGCGAUUUCUCACGACCAUCCCAAUGCGACCUCUGCCGAGGAGGCGAUUGCACAAGCCAGCACAGAUCCAGAAUCUCGUUGGCACAAUGGUGAACCCGAACCUGUGGCGCCCGUUCAUUAUGUGCAGGACUUGCUUGAUCAGGAAAAGAAAAUCUAA